UCUGUUUCUCUCUCUUGAUCUUCCCCCUAAGCUGGUGAUCAAAGGCGAUGGGGAUAGAGGGAGAGGGCUAAUUCUUUAAUCUCGUAGAGAUUUCGCUUCUUGAGAUUUAAAUUGAUAGGGAGAGGGAGAGAGAGAGAGAGAGAGAGAGAGGAUAUGUGUGAUUUAGUGGCCCGCACGGGUCGGCAUCAGCAGCGAUACGAGAAUGGAUAUCGCCUUGUCGCCGGGUGUGUCCCAUUCAAAUAUUUUAGCUGUGAUGAAAAUUGCAAUAUCAGAAUGAAGAAGAUCAUAAAAGUUCUUAUGAUCAAUUCACCAAGUGGACCUGGCCUUUUGUUUCCAAAGGGAGGAUGGGAAAAUGACGAAACUGUUGAAGAAGCUGCUGUACGAGAGGCCAUUGAAGAAGCAGGAGUUAGAGGAGAUUUAAAGAAGUACUUGAAUGACUACGACUUCAGAAGCAAGAAUCUCCAGGACGAGUUCAGCCCUGAAGGAUGGUGCAAAGCAUCGAUGUUUGCCUUGUAUGUGAAUGAGGAGCUCGACUCAUGGCCAGAGCAAGAAAAGCGCGAGAGAAAAUGGCUUACGAUUCCAGAAGCCUCUCAACUUUGUAGGCAUAGCUGGAUGAAGGAUGCCCUUGAUAAAUUUGCGGAGUAUUAUGAUACUGAUGAUGAUAAUGAUGAUCCUCCAGGAAGAUAACAGACAGGAUCAUACAUCCAACAAAUUUCUUUCUCUUUUAUGUGUUUAAAGAGAUAGAAUAUCGGUAUUGACUCUUCAAAUGUUUGAGGUUUUCACUGAUGCGAGUCGGUCAGGUUUCUUUUAGAUUAUUCUGACUUUCUCUUAUGUGAUUUUAUUGGCUGGGAAUUCACUUAUUGAAGUAACUUUUACCAAAUUGUGCAUAUAUAGAUAUUUUUGCAAAUUGUUAAAAAAAAACUUUAUGUGAAGAACUA